GUGAGUCAGUUCCCGACUGGGCGUCCGGGCAUUCAGACCGCUCGCAAGGAUAACGCGCAAGGCUCCUAGCGAACGCGACGAGUAAACAAAGCAUAAAUAAUACAAUUAAAAGUUAAGCGCGCUCCAUUCGCACAGGACAUUCCCACACUUGUGGCCCACUUCCUUCGGGCAGUGCAACAAAAAAGUGCAGCCAUUAAUUAAUUUAAUGCAUAUGUACCCCAUCCUGGCAGCACAAAAGUCGAUCCAAGCCCACGAUAUCCUUUAAAGCGAGUGAGUGAAAAAUGUUCGUCGAAGCGUUUAAAGGACCGCGCCGUUUGCCGUGUGCGAUGCCCAUAACAACGGGCUUCGCGAUUGCCUUUUAAGGUGGGGCGAUUAAGUCACGCUCCUCCGUAUCAGCGGCAUCGCCAGACCAGGAACUCGGGGCAUUGACACUGCGGUUUUGGUGGCCAAACUAAAAAUCUGAGAGGAGAACAUUAAAUCCUGACCUGACAUACCAAGAGGUGUUAUAUCAUUCCAAGUUCCGUGCUCCUAAAUCCCAGAUACUUAAAGAUAUUGAAGUAAUUAAGGAACUUACAGCUGUAACUCACAGAUGUUUCUAAUAUCUAAUCCCAUGGCUUAAACGCUAGCUACCGAAAGUACAAUGUUCCCACCCAGCUCUGAAGGACAUAUCCGAGUGUCUCGGCGUGACUAGGCCAAGCAGACCCCACAGAUUGUAAUCCCCAAGGGGACCAGGUCAUCAGGAUGCACCAGGUACUCAGCUAUGAGACGGCAGUGCGGGCCAACAGCUCUCGGGAGUUCCGCGAGUACGUCUCCAAGCGCACCUGUGCCUCCCUGGUGCUAACGAUUGGCUUCUUCAUGCUGAUAACAGGAUACCUGCUUGGCAAUUUCGUGGCCGAACGCAAGUACCACAUCCGCCAGAUGACGAAGGACGGCGGCAGGUCCGUGAAACUGAACAGCGCCGAGUAUGCCAGCCUGCAGGAGCUGCAAUCAUAUCAGAAGGCCAAGGGUCAGCUGCUGCUGGCCGCCCAGGAGCUGGACAAGCUGCAGCAGCAGGACGAGAGCGAGCGAUAUCUGGCCACCUCGCUGAACACGGAGAUCUUCAACAGGUACAUAUCCUGCACGCAGGACAUACCGCCCAACACGAACAUUGCGGCCAGCCAGUUCACGGAGCAGCUGAUCGACAACACGGUGGCCAGGCAGCGCCACUGCUUGAUGAUCAUCCAGCGGGUCAUCGACAACCACCUGGCCAACAGCCAGCUCUAGGACGGGAUGGGUGCCAGGAUCUAGCGAUGGUUUAGCGGGCCAAUGUUCGACAUUUGAUAUAUAUGUGUGUAUGUGCUUUUUAGGUGUGCUCAAUGUGUGUGCUCCCAGCUAAUUAGAAAUUAGGUUUUGUAAUUCAUUGUGAAAGUAUUAGAUCACACAAGUUUUUUAUACAUGUCUGCAUUAAAAGUUAAACUUUAAAUA